GCUUAUGGCGGGCGUGCCUCAGGUGAGUGAAAGCGAGAUCAAACUAGUCAGCGACUACAGUGGGGUGUUUAACAUUCUACCCCGAACAGCGGCAGAGUGGCGCAUGCGUGUGCUAUUCACCGUGCAUCAAUGCAGUAUAUGAGUUCAAGAGUGGGAUCUGAGCAAGCCUUUUAAAUGGUCACAGAAAUGGAUGGAGCUACGCGGAACAGAAGUAACUCCGUUAAGCAGGAGCCAGGGGCGCAACAGAAGAUGACAAAAGAUGGAAACAACAAGCAUGACCAGAUUCCAGAAAGAGUUACCCUUAAAAAAGAAAUUGGACUACUGAGCGCCUGUGCCAUCAUCAUAGGUAACAUCAUAGGUUCCGGAAUCUUCAUUUCCCCAAAGGGGGUUCUGGAACAUUCCGGCUCGGUGGGCCUGGCGCUGAUCGUGUGGGUGCUGGGAGGGGGAAUAUCUGCCCUGGGUUCCCUCUGCUACGCUGAGCUGGGGGUGACCAUCCCCAAAUCGGGCGGAGACUACUCCUAUGUGACAGAGAUAUUUGGAGGCCUGGUGGGGUUUCUCCUGCUGUGGAGUGCAGUGCUCAUCAUGUACCCCACCACCCUGGCUGUCAUCGCCCUCACCUUCUCCAACUAUGUCCUGCAGCCCAUCUUCCCAAACUGCCUUCCACCUUACAUGGCCACCCGCAUGCUGUCCACGACCUGCAUAUUGUUCCUGACCUGGGUGAACUGCUCCAGUGUACGCUGGGCCACCAGGAUCCAGGACGUGUUCACCGUGGGCAAGCUGCUGGCGCUGGGACUCAUCAUUGUGGUGGGCCUGGUGCAGAUCUGUCAAGGGCACUACGAGGGGCUGAAGCCGUCGGUGGCCUUCGAGUUCGCGAGGUCCCCCUCUGUUGGGCAGAUCGCCCUGGCCUUCCUGCAGGCCUCCUUCGCCUUCAGCGGCUGGAACUUCCUCAACUACGUGACCGAGGAGGUGGUGGACCCACGACGGAAUCUACCUCGUGCCAUUUACAUCUCCAUUCCAUUGGUCACCUUUGUGUACACCCUCACCAACAUCGCCUACUUCUCCUCCAUGUCACCUGAGGAGCUGCUGUCCUCCAAUGCCGUGGCAGUCACCUUCGGGGAGAAGCUGCUGGGGAUGUUCUCCUCCGUCAUGCCCAUCUCUGUGGCUCUUUCCACAUUCGGGGGGAUCAACGGAUACCUCUUCACCUCCUCCAGGCUGUGUUUCUCCGGAGCCAGAGAGGGACACCUCCCCAGCCUGCUGGCCAUGAUCCACUGCAAGAGCUGCACGCCCAUCCCGGCCCUCCUGGUCUGCUGCACUGCCACCAUCGUCAUCCUCUGCAUCGGAGAGACGCACAACCUGAUCAACUACGUCUCCUUCAUCAACUACCUCUCCUACGGGGUCACCAUCGCUGGCCUGCUUUACUACCGCUGGAAGAAGCCCAACCUGAACAGGCCCAUUAAGGUGAACCUGAUGGUGCCCAUCAGCUACCUGCUCUUCUGGGCCUUCCUGCUGGGCUUCAGCCUGUACUCAGAGCCGGUGGUGUGCGGGGUGGGGCUGGUCAUAAUGCUCACCGGCGUGCCCGUUUACUUCCUGGGGGUGCACUGGAAGGACAAGCCAAAGUGCAUCUACGAUCUUGUCGAGAGGGUGACUCACGUGGGACAGAGGCUGUGUUUCGUGGUCUUCCCCCAGGUGGACCCCGCCGAAGAGAAGAUGCAGGAGUGGAAGGACAAAUCCGAGUCUUGAGUGUCAGUCCCAGGGAAUUAAAAAAAUUUUUAUUUUUAACUUUUCGUUUUUUUUAAUUUUUAAAAAUUUUGUCAUCACCACCAGCUCUUGCGAGAGGGAAAAUAACGGGUGCCUCCUUACCAGCGACGACGCGUCCACUCUCUCUCGUCCGAUAGGUCCAGCUUCGGGUUCCCCACCGCGAGCAGAGACGUGUGUUUUUCAGACAGUAUUUUAUUUUAUUAUUUUCCUUCUCAGUUGCAAAACUAGCGAAUGCCAACAGUACAACAUUGUCAAAAAGACUACGCUCCCCUCUCUCCACACCCACCCCCCCCACCCCCUGCCCUCCCCCCCAAGGAACUGCUUGCUGCUCCGCUGUCUUUCUCCUCAUUUGAUUUUUUUUUUUUUGCAAGAUAUUUUCUUUUUGAAUCGAUCCAAGGUUUUAUGUUUUUACUGUGCCUUACAAAAAAAAGGAAAAAUGUUCUCAUUUAUUACCUGAUGUAUUAAGUCAUCACCUAUUAAUUUGUUCUGGGAAUUCUCUCAUGUAAUCCCUAGAUGUGUAGAUUUGGCUCAGAGGUCUUCCGUUGCCUGCUGAGGUCUUCCUGUUUCCUCCAGUAUGCCAUGAGUCAUGGAGUUCCACUGAUUUUAUAUUCACUUAAUGUUUUUAUUAGAGGCCAGGAAUGGUCUUCGCUAGUGUGGGAUCAGGUGUGUGUCCCUCACCCUCUGAAGGAAGCAUAUCAAUUGCAGUCCAAAAUAAGCAAUGGGAACACAGGAAGAUCCUCCACCACAGUCCAAACCAUUUUACUCUUUUUUUUUUUUAACAUGUGCCAGAUCUCGCACCUGUAGUUUUUACUGAACUGACAAAUAUGUGCUGUAUAUUAAUAAUUAACUCCCACGUCAACAUGCGUGUACAGUAGGCAAACAGCAAGAGAGAUCCAGCAUCUGGUUGCAUACGCACAAGAUAGAUGUUUGUAGGUAGUUAAGAGACUCGAAAAACAGUUUCCGUCUUGGCUGGUGUAAUAGUAAGCAAACACAUUGACCAAUACACCCUUACGUUUUCAUGUACACAGUCUAGUUUGCUAGACUAGACUAGACUCUAAAUAUUUUCUAACAUUUUCUAUCACAUUUUCUAGUGCCGAGAGGCUAACUUCCCACUAGCUCUCAGCGCCGUUUGUGGCCCAAAACGUAGCAGUGUCACAAAUGGAGUGUCCAUCCUCACUGGUGCUCAUCUAGUGACACAGGAAGUACUGGGCAUUAUGGGACAGUCCUGCCUGCAUUACUUCCUGUCUAUAGACAUUUCCAACUCUUUUAUUUUUCCUGUGCAAGUUUUUUUUUUGCAGUUUGUUGUUAAUUUCUUUUGACAAUUAUGCUUUCGUGUUACAGUACUUCGUAACAUUAAGAAGUAUCAUAACCAAAAGGUCUACUUAAUAGCAAUGAUUUUGCCAUUGCUACAAUAGAGACAUCUAAAGGUUUCUGGGGGAUUUUUUCCCCCUCAAAGGAAUGUCUGGAGCAUGAAGAUUCAGUAUUCAGUUUGUGUCUCAGUACACUGCCAUAGGAGAUUGGGGUCUCCCCUCCCCCCCCAUCUCCAGCUUGCAUACAGUAGAGAAAUCCCCCUCAGCACAGAUCAGAGGGCAUCGGGACCUUCUGUGUUCCUGCACCCCACACUCAACACUAUUUGUAGGUUUACUCGGUCCUAUGCAGUUUGCAAGCCCAGUGGCAAUGUACGUUCUUAAAAAUUAAGAGAUUAUUCACUAUAAAUUAUUUGUAAAGCAUCAGGUAUUUACAGUGGGUUGCAUUCCUGGAAUGUUUGUUAACUUGUACAUGUGUAGUGCACUCUCUUUUAUAAAGAAACAUAACAAUAAGAGCAUAAUAAAUUUAAUACAGAGGAAAAAGCGUGGUCUAGUUUUUUAAAAAUAUAUAAUAAGACUGGAUUGAUUUUAUUCAUUUUCACUCUGGGGAACUUCCACAGUGAAGAAAGCAAGUAUCACGCAUAUAUUUUGAAGCUUUGCUCUUGAUUCGCCCUGUGUGGAAAUACACAAGCAGACAAAAAUGAAAUGAAAAUUUAUUAAAUGCAGGCACAAGAAGACACCGAGACAAUCAAUUGUCCGACCACUGUCGUCAUCUUGCGUCCCCAUUGACCGCGCCAGCAGAGAAGGAAUGACAACUUUCAAGUUUACGCUAGAAGUUACAAACAACUCAGAAAUGAGAGUCUCAACCGAACAGAUGUACUGCACCCCAUAACGGUUUCUU